AUGUUGGAAGAAAGGAUUGUUUUAAAUAUUGGAGGUAUAAAGUAUGAAACUCUUCGAUCAACACUCACUGCUCAGCCAGAGACAUUACUUGGAACAAUAUUUCAAGAUCAAAAUGAAUAUAUUAAAAAUUCAGUUAAUGGAAAUGAAUAUUUUUUUAACCGUAAUGGCAAAGCAUUUUAUUAUAUAAUGGAAUUUUACCGGACUGGAAAACUUUUAUGGCCUAUUGAAACUAAACCAUUAAAAGUUACUUAUCAACAGCUUAAAGAAGAACUCGAUUAUUUUCAAAUUAAUAAUUCAAAAGUGUUUUUUUCUAUGGCAUCGGAAAGUGUUAAAAGCACAAUUGACCGAUUUAUUUCACAUCUUGAACAAUUAAUCAUUAAUAAUUACAUUAACUUUGUCAAUAAGUUUUCUUUAUCAGUUCGUAGUGACACUCAGUCAGAUAGUUGUCUUGGCAUAUUUAAAGAUUGUGCCUUUGAUAUCCUGAGUAAUAUAGGAGAACAGAUUGAAAGGCGUAUAGUUGAAAGUUUUUCUGAAUUAAAACUAAAAUGGGUACAUCAAAACUGGGGUUCAUCAAUUAAGAUAGUGAUCACUUUUUCUUCACCAGUUGAAAAACUACUAAAAUCUGGGAGUAAUCAAGCCCACAUUCAAGUUCCAAUCAAUAUAUCAGAAGAAAAAAUUAUUUUAAAUGUUGGAGGUAAAAAGUAUGAAACAUGCCAAUCAACGCUCAUAGCACAACCAGAAACUUUACUUGGUGUGAUGUUCCAAGAUCGAAAUACAAGUAUGAGAUAUCCAUUUAAUGGAAACGAAUAUUUUUUUGAUCGUAAUAGUGAAGCAUUUGAUUAUAUAAUGAAAUUCUAUCAAACUGGAAAGCAUACAUGGCCCACUAAACUCGGACAAGUUACUCGUGAACAACUUACAGAAGAAUUUGACUACUUUCAAAUUCCUUUUAAUAAAUCAACGGUAUCUUGUGCAUGGGCUUUAGAUAUUGUUAGACAGAAAUUUAAUGAUCUUAUUUUGGCCUUUGAAGAAUUGGUUAUUCGUUGCUGUAAUUGUCUCAGAAAUAAUAUUACUUUACGAAUUGGGCGUCAUGAUAGUGUUAUAUUAGGUUAUGCAAAUUCUGAUUUAAAGAAAUUUUGUUUUUCUAAGUUUACAGAUUAUUCCACUUUAGAUAAUAUGGGAAAACAUGUUGGAGAUCAUUUAGUUAAAGUGUUUUGUGAUUUGGGGCUAAUAUGGAGACUCAGUCGAAUUGAAAAUUGUUUGCAAGUGAAUAUUUCAUUUAACAAUGUUUACAAAAUUUUAAAUGAAUGA